AUGAACUACAUUGAUCAUGUAGAUUUUCGAGUGUUGAAUACGGAUGUUUUAGAGGAGAUGGUUAAAAAAUUAGGAUACAAUGAUGGUCUCUUUUUCAGCAUUCAUUACAAGGAACCCUACUGUUCUUUGGAUUUUGGUCUUAGGACAUUAAAAUGUGAUGUUGACUUAGAGCCUAUCUUUGAUCAUGUGCGACAAGGAGUCCACAUGAUAGACAUGUAUGUUGAACACCGGAGGUCAACAAUCUUGAUUGAGUCAAGUGAAGGUCCUGUAGGGCCCUGUAAAGCAAUUGUUCCAGCAACAUUUCUAAUAAAUAAUCAGAAUCAUAGUCUGAAUGAAGAUGAGGAAGAAAUUGAAGAUCAUAAUGAAGAGAGUGAAGAAGGUAUGCAGAAGUUCAGGGCUAAUGUUGAAUUUACUAGGGAAGAACUGGAUGGUUCAAAUGAUGGGGAUCAUGAUGAUGAGACAAGCGAAGAAGGUCAUCUGCCUGUAGACCUGGAGGACUUUGAAAGUGGGUCUGAUGACAAUUCAAGCCUUAGAGAUAAGGUUGCCAGGAAGAAAAGGAGGAGAAACAAGGGUGGUUUAAAAGGACCAAAUGAUCUGCCAUUCUUUGUUGGUCAGCUUAUUGAUGACAAGAAUAAGAUGAAUCAGAUGGUGAAAGAUUAUGCUCUUAAGGGUCUGAUUCCAGCUAUGCUAGCUGUUUUUCCUAAUGGUGAGCAUAGAUUUUGCUUGAGGCACAUCCAUGAGAACAUGAAAUCUAAGUGGCAUGGAUAUCUUUACAAGAAUUUGCUUGGGUCAGCCGGAAGGAAGACAUCUAUUCCAUAUUUUAACAAAGCUAUGGAAGAAAUUAAGACAACAGAACGAGCUAUGUAUGACUGGCUGAAUGAGAUCCCAUACACCGCUUGGUCAAGUGCAUAUUUUUCUGGAAGAGCUAAAUGUGAUAUGUUGCUGAACAACAUAUGUGAGGUUUUUAACAGACAAAUCAUAGGAGCAAGGGACAAGCCGAUUAUCACAUGCCUAGAAUUCAUUAGGGAGUACAUGACCAAGAGGAUAGUGAAUGUCAAGAAAUUGCAAGCAAAGUGUAUGGGGCCACUAACACCUCAUGCCACUGAGGUCUACGAUGAGAUCAAGAAACAGGCUGCUGAAAUGUCUGUUUUAAUGGUUGACUCAGACAAGAAGUGGGAUUUGACAGGGAUGCCUUGCAAACAUGCAGUUGCAGCCAUAUGGGAUAUGUCAAGGAAUAGCAUUGAUGCUGGCAUACCAGAAGAGUGGGUUUCUGAUGUGUAUUGGCUGUCAACAUGGAAGAAAGUUUAUGAGAAUGUGAUAGAGCCAAUCAAUGGGCUGAAUAUGUGGACUCCUUCACAGUGUCCAACAACACUCAUCCCACCAAAGCAUCAUACACGAGUUGGAAGGCCAAAGAAGAAACGAAAGGAGGCAUUUGGUGAAAAAGAGCUUGAGCAGGAGUUCGACAAAGGAGGUAAAAUGACCAGAAAGGGAAGCACCAUCAAGUGUGGUAAAUGUGGGAACAUGGGUCACAAUGUCAGGAGCUGCAAAGGACAAGGGGGUGAACAAGCCACUGCUUCACAGGAAUUACACACUGCCACUCAAGGUGCACUAGUUGACAAUCUUUAUGAGUGA